AUGAAAAAUGUGCCUUAUGCAAGAUUGGUGGGGAGCUUGAUGUACACUCAAAUUUGUACAAGGCCUGAUAUAUCAUUUGCAGUAAAUAUGCUUUCAAGGUUUCAAUCAAAUGCAGGCCAUGAUCAUUGGAUAUCAGGAAAGAAGGUAUUGAGGUAUUUGAAGAAAACAAGGAAUCAUAUGCUGGUUUACAGAAGAUUAGAUGAGCAAGAACUGGAAGUGGAGGCCUAUACAGAUGCAUCUUACAAAUCAGAUAUGGAUGACUUGAAAUCAACAUCUGGAUACAUAUUUCUUAUAGCAGGUGGAGACAUUUCAUGGAAAACUGCAAAGCAAACCUUGACAGCAACAUCAACUUUUCAGGCUGAGUAUAUUGCCAUUUAUGAGGCAACAGGUCAUGCAUUGUGGUUGAGAAAUUUUAUUUCUCAUUUGAAACUAAUAAAUUCUAUGGAAAGGCCUAUGGUAAUUUACUGUGAUAAUGCAUCAGCAGUCUUCUUCUCCAAGAAUAACAAGAGAUCAUCAGGUUCAAGGAACAUAGAUGUCAAGUACUUUGCAGUAAGAGAAAGUAUUAGGGAUGAAGAGAUUGAAGUUGUAAAAAUUGGGACAAAAGAUCAGUUAGCAGAUCCAUUGACAAAAGCUUUGCCAGUAGCUGAUUUUGUCAAGCAUGCUGCACAUAUGGGAAUUAAAGACAUCAUCUAG